AUGUCUCUGUGUUCAUUCCUGAAGGGGAGAGGUCAGAGGAACCAUUAUGCCCCUUUCAGGAGGGAAUCCUUUGGCAGGUCCUAUCAGUUCCCACACCAAGACUACCACACCUUGUUGGAAACAUGCCUGAGAAACAACUGCCUCUUUGAGGAUGACAACUUUCCAGCUGACAUGAGCUCCAUAGGCAGAGGACCCUUGCUGCAGAAGCUACCUCCAACUCUGCAGUGGAAGAGACCUACUAGAAUUGUGUGUUGAUUUGUUCCAGGAAACUGCUGGUUCUUGGCUGCACUGGAAGCACUCACAUUCCAAUGGGACAUCCUAAGCCGGGUAGUGCCUGUGAACCAGAGUUUCACCAGGAAGUAUGCUGGCAUUUUCCUCUUUCACUUCUGGCAUUUUGGUGAAUGGGUUCCUGUCGUGAUUGAUGACCGUCUACCCGUGAAUGAGGCUGGUCAACUGGUCUUUGUCUCUUCCACCUGCAAGAACUUGUUCUGGGGAGCUUUGCUGGAAAAGGCUUAUGCAAAGCUCUCAGGUUCCUAUGAAGAUCUGCAGAUUGGACAUAUUUCAGAAGCCUUUGUGGACUUCACAGGAGGUGUGACAGCUACAAUUGAACUAGCAAAUGCACCUCAUGAUCUCUGGGAGCUCCUCACCAGAGCCACUUGCAAAAGAUCCCUCAUUGGCUGUCAGACCCAUCCAGGAGAGAGAGUUCUAGCUAAUGGACUGGUGGAUGGUCAUGCCUAUACUCUCACUGGACUCAGAAAGGUGACUUGUGAUCAUGUACCUGAAUACCUAGUAAGGCUGAGAAACCCUUGGGGGAAGGUGGAAUGGAAAGGAGACUGGAGUGACAGGUCAAAAAAAUGGGAUCUCCUGAAUCCAAAGGAGAAGAUUCUGCUUCUGAGGAAUGAUGAGGAUGGAGAGUUCUGGAUGUCCCUCCAUGACUUUAAAUUUCAUUUUGUAUCUCUGGUCAUCUGCCAGUUGACACCAGGCCUGAUGAGUCAGGAAACAGGAAAAAAGUGGAUACGUUCUCUUUGUCCAGGGAGAUGGGUGAAGGGCAGCACAGCCGGUGGGAGGCUAAAGCACUACAGCGACACAUUUUGGAUGAAUCCACAAUUUCUACUUACUGUUCUAAGAGCUGAUGAAAGCAAGAAGCCAUUAAAACACUGCAGAGUCUUGGUUUCACUUAUGCAAAAAUCUAAGAGCCAUCAUCGGAACCAAAUGCUUCAUCUUCCCAUUGGCAUCUUUCUUUUCUGGGUAGAUGAAUACCAAGAUGGAAAGCAGAAGCUACCUCAGGAGUUCUUCAAGAGAACCACCCCAUUAUUUGACCCCAAAGACUUUCAGACAGAGAGAGAAGUGAGCCAGGAGUUUUUCCUGGAGCCAGGCACUUACCUCAUUGUUCCCUGUACCUCUGAGCCCUCGCAGGAAUCUGAAUUCAUCUUAAGAGUCUUCUCCAGGAAGCAUGCUUUAUACUCCCGUCAGUUUCCCUCUCCUGAGGCUGGAGCAGCAGCAGUGGUAGCAGCAGCAGUGACUCUAGCAGCAGUGGCAGCAGCAGCAGAGGAAGCAGAGGCGGCAGGAGCGGAGUCUACAGCAGCUGCAGCCCCAGCUCUCUGGGUUUCCAGACUCGGGGCGCGUAGUCCUCCCGCCCGGGGUCCCCUCCGCGUCCCCUGCGCGUGUCCUGGAGCGCCCGGGGCUGAGCGGCGCCACCGCGCGCCCCAACUCCCCCUGGCCACGGUCAGGGACGCCCUGCCCAAGCCGCUCCCCCCCGGGCAGCGGACCCCGGCCGCCCGGGGGCAUCCUCUGUCGGGGAAGCGGGGCGGGACCAUGAGGAGGUUGAACCGCCGCCUGACUCUCACUCUCUUAGGGGUGCUCUGGAUCGCGGCGCUGCUACUCCUUUGGGGAGUCCAGAGGAAGUUGGAGGUGGCACCGAAACCCGAAGGGCAGACCCCCAAGGUACUGUCCUCAGUGCAUGGGUUAGGUGGACCCAGGCUCUGUGGCAAAGUAUGGUCACAACUUCUCCUGUCGCGCAUCCCCCAGGCACUGGAGGACCUACUUCUGACCCGGCGCUGA